GUACGUUUUAACAUGGCGUCGGAUUAACGUUACCGGUUCGUUCUUGGUUAUUCGUGCUAGAAUUUUCGCGAAAUUAUAAAACAAAAACUCGCGAAAUACAAAGCACAAGAACCGCAAUGAACAAGCUGGGUCUUAUCUUUUUCGUUUUGGUGACACUUACCGGAAAUUUCCGUUUUGCCUGCAACGCGAUCAAGACUGGCAACAAAAAACCAAUCAUAGAAAACCCGGUGGAUAUUAAAGACUUGAAAAAGCUACUCAGAACGAAAACCAACGUGCUUAUUUGUUUCUAUAACUCGUUUAAGCAGUCCCAAAACAUAAUCAAACUCGUCCAGGAAGUAGCGGACAGUAUCAAAGGGGAAGGGACGAUCGCUUUAGUAGACUGCUCCGGAGAUUCGAAAAAGAUGUGUAAGAAGUUGAAAAUCCCGACGCACGAACCCUACGUACUGAAACACUACAAGGAAGGAGAGUUCAACAGAGAUUACGACAGAAAGUACACGGCCGCGUCGAUGACGAAUUUCAUGAGGGACCCGACGGGCGACCUGCCCUGGGAGGAAGACGCCGCCGCCAACGACGUCGUCCACGUCCCGGAUCCCGCGAGCCUGGCCCGGCUGCUCAAAAAGGAGAUCCGCCCCAUUCUGAUCAUGUUCUACGCGCCGUGGUGCGGCUACUGCAAAUCCCUUAAACCCGAAUACUCCGAGGCGGCCCGCGAACUGAAGGACGAGGCCGUACUCGCUGCAAUGGACGUGAACCGACCGGAAAACACCGGAGUACGUGUACGCUACAACGUCACCGGGUUCCCCACCCUGCAGUAUUUCGAGAACGGCGCCCUAAGGUUCACGUACGAAGGGGAAAACAAAAAGGCAGCGCUCGUGGAGUUCGUACGCAACCCGGCCGCACCUCCCGUCAAAAUUCAGGAACCGGACUGGUCCGAGACUGACAACGAAGUAGUUCAUUUGACCGCGACCAGUUUCGACCCGGUCAUCAAGGAGGAGUCGUCGGUGCUCGUGAUGUUUUAUGCGCCCUGGUGCGGUCACUGCAAGAAGAUGAAACCCGAAUACGAAACGGCGGCUGCGCAAAUGAAACACGAAGGGAUUCCGGGCGUGUUGGCGGCAGUCGACGCGACCAAAGAACAAUCGAUCGCGUCGAGGUACGCGGUCAAGGGCUUCCCGACAGUACUGUACUUUUCGUACGGCGAGAGGCGGUUCGACGUGAACGCGCGGGACAGCCGCAAAAUCGUAGAGUUCAUGCGGGACCCGCGCGAACCGCCGCCGCCGCCGCCACCGGAGAAACCGUGGUCGGAGGAGGGCGACGACGUCGUCCACCUCACCGAAGAAACGUUCAAGCCGUUCUUAAAGAGGAAAAAGCACGCGCUGGUCAUGUUUUACGCGCCCUGGUGUGGCCACUGCAAAAGGGCCAAACCCGAAUUCUCGGCCGCCGCAUCCGAGUUUCGGGACGACACGCGGGUCGAGUUUGCCGCCGUCGACUGCACCGCCCACGCUGCGCUCUGCGGCGCACUCGACGUCAAAGGUUAUCCGACCCUGACUUACUUCAGCUACUACAACAAGGCUCAGUUACCGUAUGCGGGAGGCAGAACGAAAGCGGACUUUGUCGAGUUCGUGUCGAAUCCGGUUGGAGGCGGGGCCGUGCCGCGCGAAUCGUGGGUCAUCGACCCGGUACUUCUCAAUCUGACCGGGAAAAAUUUCAAAGCGACCCUGCAGAGCAACGAGCUCGUCCUGGUCAUGUUUUACGCGCCCUGGUGUGGCCAUUGUAAAAAGAUGAAGCCCGAGUACGUGGCGGCGGCGCGGGAGCUCGAACGAGAGGGCCUCGGCCGACGCCUCGCCGUGGUCGAUUGCACUGAGAACCCGGACCUGGCCGAGGAGUACCGGGUACAGGGGUUCCCCACCAUCAAGCUGUUUCGCGACGGCGUCUACGUCGCCGAUUACGACGGGAAACGCAGCGCGGACGACAUCAAGGCGUUCGUCCGCGAGCACUACCCUCGCAGGAAGGAGGAGCUGUGACGGCUCGUGGAGUACUUAUUCGCGACCGAUUUGUAAUAAAAAAAAAUUCGUAAAACGUUUUUUUUUUUUUGGGCCCAUGCU